UAACAAAUCUGGUCAGACCGCCCAGUCAAAUGUAGGACAGUUGCUUUGUGCUGGCGCAUGCUCAGUCUCGACCGCAACAACUCAGCCAAUCUUGUGCGAGCAACAGCACAGUCUAAUUUGCAUCAGGCGCAGAUAAAUGAAACGUCCGGAGCAACAUCGAGUCAUCAGUUUCAGGAAAACUCACCCGAAGCGAACAUGCCAGAUCCAGUGAAAGCACCGAAGAAGGGCUCAAAGAAAGCCGUCUCUAAGAGCGUCACCAAGAGCGGCAAGAAGAAGAGGAAGACCAGGAAGGAGAGCUACGCCAUCUACGUGUACAAGGUGCUGAAGCAGGUGCACCCCGACACCGGCAUCUCCUCCAAGGCCAUGGGCAUCAUGAACUCCUUCGUGAGCGACAUCUUCGAGCGCAUCGCCGGUGAGUCCUCCCGCCUGGCUCACUACAACAAGCGCUCCACCAUCACCUCCAGGGAGAUCCAGACCGCCGUCCGCCUGCUGCUGCCCGGGGAGCUGGCCAAGCACGCCGUGUCUGAGGGCACCAAGGCCGUCACCAAGUACACCAGCUCCAAGUAGACCCGCUCUUCAGCCCCACAACACAAAGGCUCUUUUCAGAGCCACCCACUGCUUCAACUAGGAGCCACUUUCCUGUUGCUUUCAUGUUUUCAUCGCAAUAAUAUAUUAACUGUCUCAAAAUGGAGUCUGAGGACCCCUUAUGGGGGCUCCA